UGAAAACAUAAAAAGAUCCUACAAGUUCAAUAAUAUGGAAAACAACAACAGCAACCUCACUGAUUACGAUACAUCUACGAUCAGUUCAAGAAAUUCUCCACCACCAAGCCGAAGAACAGAAUUUUCCCUUGAAACUUUCUGAUCUUGAUCCACGUGUACAUGUAUCUAAUGAUGGUUAGACUACUGUUGUGUGUGGGAAAACGAUAACACAGCAGGAUGCAUCCAAAACAGCAGCAGCGUGCUCCCUGACGUUGUGCUGGCUUUUAUGCUUACGCCAGACAGAAAAAAGACACCUGUUUGCUCUUGUACAUGUGCUCCAAACAUCCGUAGCCGAAUAAAGAACAUUUUCACCGUAAAUCCAGUCGGCUGGUAUGACUGGAGUCACCGGACAGAGAUCGAUUUAAUUUCGGCUGAUGGCUGAAUGACGACUGAGCGUCAGGCAUAUUCGGCGCUGGCUGUGCCAAGAUCACUUUUUUGUGCUGCGUCGCUCUGAUUUUGCGCUACUUACCUUCACCUCCCGCAGCGUGAUUACAACUGGAUGGAUCCGUGUCUCUGCUGUUUAUAAACGUUUUCGGUGUUGAAGUUAAUCGGGUUUAUCCAACGCGUCAGCCUGCAUUUUUCAUCUAUCUGCAUGCCGCUGCGAUUAUUGUUUUUGUGGAUACCUGUCGAUCAGUCAUCGAUAUCAGCUGGUUCGGCCUUUGGAGAUUCUUGUGAACAGGAACGUGGUAAACGUUGCCUGGAUUUAAUCGUAUUCUCUGGAUUAAUGAGUGGCGCCGGUUGCCGGUCCCGUAUAAUACGAUGGAUUUAGGCCCUUUGGAUCCGGUUUCUGGGUCAACCUCCUCGUCGGAGCUGAAGAGUCCUACUUCCAGCGAUUCAGCAUCCAAACUUCCGGGUGCUGCUCCCUCUUCGCAGUAUUCUUCGGCGGCUAAUGACAAUAAAGCCGGAAGUGCCACGUUGAUCGCGCGCGGGAAACGCGGUAAUCUGUCGCAUCUCAGUGAAUCGGAUCGCCGCUCAGAAGUGUCAUACCGCAGUGAGCCCAGUCUGGCCAUUUCCGAUGCAGCACGCAGUUCUAAGUUUAAAGUGGUCAAGUUGGGCGACAAGACACCGUAUGUGCGAGGACGGUUUACCUGCUUCGACUUCCAUGAUUUACCGGUGAAGGAUCUGAUUAGAUCAGACUCAUCGCACACUCCGCGGAUACAGACGCCGACGAUUGCCACAGAAGGGCCCAGUGGGACGUUGACCGCCAGUGCGUCUUUUACGUCGAGUGGUAAUAACACAGCCGACAGUUCUGCAUCUGUCAGUGUUCAAGUCGAUGCCGGCAGUCAGGCUCCCGCUUCAACUAGUGCCUCAGCAUCCAGCAGCCGAACUGGUACGCUGAUCCGUUCUCCUCUCUCCGUCCAAACGCUCCAUCACAAAUCUCCCUCGUCUCGCUCACCUGUUCCGCCCAAUACCCCGACAUCCCCGAACGUGGAUUUCUCCGCUUCACUGGACGGCGCUAGCACUCCGGACCGAUUUAUCCCCUCUCCGGCGCCGACCACGCCCAUCCCGGGCCACGCAGCUCCUGACCAGCUCAUCCAGGACAGCUUAGCGAAGAAGAACCCUACCCCUUACUCGGAAAGUGUGUCCCGUGUCGCCUCGAUGCCGCCGUCCGGCACCAUGACGCCGGGGCGGAAAAUCUCCGGCGCUACUGGUCCGGAUCCCUCGAAACUCCUCCGUUUAAAAGGGGAGUCGUUUUUCGCCGAAAUGAUCGAUCGUGUCUGGGAGGUGUCGCCCGGAAAACCGGUGGGCGGGGGAUUUGACCGAAUAGAGGCGAAAAUCCAGCAGUGUAUGUCGCUGGUCACCGAGCACGUGCUGUUAGCGGUACGGUCGGACUUGGAGGACCUGAACAAACAAGUGAAAGUACUACGGGAGCGCGCGGCAUCGCUGGAGUGUGAGAAUCAGGUGUUGAAGAUGGAGAAUACACUGCUGCGGAAUGUAGUUAAUAACUCGACGCAGCCGGAUAUCACGCCCAGUCGAAGCCGAAUGAAAUAAGAAUCUGACAGAUUCUGACACGAAUUUUACCAUGACAGAUCAUUAGAAUUUAAAUGUUAGAUUGCGUUUUUGAUCGUUUUGUGUGCCUUUUGUUUCCGGAAAAUGUUGUAAAACAGCAAAUCAAAAUUCGAUGCUGAUGAAUACGCAGCAAAAGAAGCGAAUAAAUGGCUGAAUAUACUUGUAAGACAUUUUUCAUCAACUUGGUAAAGUUAGUGCAGGGUUGUAAAGAAUCGAAACGUGAUGCUGUACCUCAUCGACGAUCCAGCUUUUACCAGUGCAUUUUGGCUUCGAAUUUAAGUAUACGAAACUUGUUAGCUGU